CUUGGGAAGUCCAACAAAGAGUACUGUGAUUGGAUUCUUAACCCAGAGAAAUGGGGAGGUGCCAUAGAGCUUUCAAUAUUGACUGACUACUAUGGACGAGAAAUCGCAGCCUAUGAUAUUCAAACCACACGCUGUGAUCUGUAUGGGCAGGGAAAGAACUAUCAGGAAAGAGUAAUGCUGAUUUAUGAUGGGCUCCAUUAUGAUGCUUUGGCUAUGUCGCCUGCUGAAGGAGCUCCAGAGGAGUUUGAUCAGACAAUCUUUACUGUGCAGAGAGAUGGGACUGUAGGACCAGCUGAGAGGCUUGCUCUUAAUCUGGUUAAGGAGCAACAAAGAAAGAGGAGCUACACUGAUACAGCCAACUUCACGUUGCGUUGUGGAGUUUGCCAAAUCGGGGUCGUGGGCCAAAAGGAAGCUGUUGAGCAUGCACAAGCAACUGGACAUGUGAACUUCCAGGAGUUCAAAUGAAUGAAACCCAAAGGACAAGAAACCAAGCAAAAUAUAUUGAUUUCAUUUCUUUAUACAAGUGGAAACCAAUUCCAUGAAGGUGUCUUCUUAUGACUAGAAAGUUUUUCAAAUUUCAUAGGAAGGUGUAUGGUCUACUCGAUAAAUAAAGUUAUGAUGAUGUAGAAGUUAAAGUAUGAAAGCACCCUGUUUAUUUUGGUGAUGCAGUUGUUGUGCAAUAGAAAAUUGUCUUGCAUUUUA